GGGGACGGCGGACGCGGCUGCGUCCCGGACCCAGGACCCUCGGGCCGGCCGGCGGGAAGCACCGAGGCCGCGGCCCGCCCCGCCCAGCUCCCUCCGCCGCCGCCGCCUCCGGGGACCAGAAAAUGCACCCCAGGAUACCCCCGGCCCUGCUGCUGCCGCUGCUGUUCCUGCUGCUGGCCCUGGGCUGUGGGCCGGUGCAUGGCUGCCCGGCGGGCUGCCAGUGCCACCAGCAGCAGACAGUCUUCUGCGCGGCCCGCAGGGGUCCCCGGGUGCCCCGUGACCUGCCGCCCGACACGCUGGGCCUGUACAUCUUUGAGAACGGCAUCACCACGCUUGACGCGGGCAGCUUCGCGGGCCUGCCCGGCUUGCAGCUCCUGGAUCUGUCACAGAACCAGAUUGCCAGCCUGCCCGGCGGGGUCUUCCAGCUGCUCGCUAACCUCACCAACCUGGACCUGACAGGCAACAGGCUCCGCGAGGUCACCAACGAGACCUUCCGCGGCCUGCGCCGCCUUGAGCGCCUCUACCUGGGCAAGAACCACAUCCGCCUCGUCCAGCCAGGGGCCUUCGACAUGCUCGACCGUCUCCUGGAGCUCAAGCUGCAGGACAAUGAGCUGCGGGCGCUGCCCCCGCUGCACCUGCCACGCCUGCUGCUGCUCGACCUCAGCCACAACAGCCUCCCAGGGCUGGAGCCGGGGGCCCUGGACACCCCCAAAGUGGAGACGCUCCGGCUGGCCGGCCUGGGGUUGCACCAGCUUGAAGAGGGGCUCCUGGGCCCGCUGCAGAACCUGCAUGAUCUAGAUGUGUCUGACAACCAGCUGGAGCAGGUGCCACCUGCACUUGGGGCUCUGCAGGGCCUGACGCACCUGCGGCUGGCUGGCAAUAGCCGCAUCGCCCAGCUGCGGCCUGAGGAGCUGGCUGGCCUGGCCGCCCUGCAGGAGCUAGACCUCAGCAACCUGAGCCUGCAGGCCCUGCCGCCUGCGCUCUUUGGCCCCCUGCCCCGGCUGCGGCUGCUGGCUGCUGCCCGCAACCCCUUCAACUGCGUGUGCCUGCUGAGCUGGUUUGGCCAGUGGGUGCGUGAGAGCCGUGUCACGCUGGCAAGCCCUGAAGAGACGCGCUGCCACUUCCCCCCGAAGAAUGCUGGCCGGCUGCUCCUGCAGCUGGACUACGCCGACUUCGGCUGCCCAGCCACCACCACCACCACCACCACCACCACGGCCACGGCACCCACCACGGGGCCCGCUGCCCACGAGCCCCCACCCCCGCCGCCCAGUGUGGUGCCCACACUCCCCUGGCCCACAGAGCCGGCCAGCGAGGCCCCCAGCCUUCCGCCCGCUGCCCGGCCCACCGUGGCGCCUGCCCCCCCACCCCAGGACUGUCCAGCAUCCACCUGCCUUAAUGGGGGCACCUGCAGCCUGGGCGCGCGGGGCCACCUGGAGUGCCUGUGCCCCCCGGGGCGUGCAGGCCUGUACUGCGAGGGCCGGGAGGAGCCGGGCACGCGGCCCACCCCCGCUCCGGCCACGCCUGGGCCGCCCCGUGCCCUGCUCCUGGAGCCCGCCAGCCCCACCUCCCUGCGUGUGGGGCUCCAGCGCUACCUGCAGAGCCCCGUGCCGCUCCGCAGCCUGCGCCUCACCUACCGCAACCUGUCAGGUCCCGACAAGCGGCUGGUGAUGCUGCGGCUGCCUGCCUCGCUCGCCGAGUACACGGUCACUCAGCUGCGGCCCAAUGCCACCUACUCCGUCUGUGUUCAGCCCCUGGGGGCCGCGUGGGUCCCCGAGGGUGAGGAGGCCUGCGGGGAGGCCCGCACGCCCCCUGCCACCCGCUCCAGCCAUGCACCCGUCACCCAGGCCCACGAGGGCCACCUGCCACUCCUCAUCGCGCCUGCACUGGCUGCCCUGCUCCUGGCCGCGCUGGCCGCCGUGGGCACGGCCUACUGCGUGCGGCGGGGCCGGGCCACAGCUGCGGGGGCCCAGGGCAAAGGGCAGGUGGGGCUGGGGGCUGGGCCCCUGGAGCUGGAGGGCGUGAAGGUGCCCCUGGAGCCAGGCCCCCUGGUGGCUGAGGCGGGUGGGGAGGCCCCGCUGGGUGGGCCCGAGUGUGAGGCACCGCUCAUGGGCUGUCCAGGGCCCGGCCUCCUGGGGCCCCUGCCGCCCAAGGCCUACACCUAAGGCCCAGGGCAGCGGGGCCACCCGCCCACCCAGAAGUCCUCGUCUCUGAGGCAGAUGCGCAGGGAGGGGGAGCUGCCUGACUGCAGGCCCAUCUCUGGCCCUCCCGGACCUUGGGCUCAUCGUCCGUGAGGACUGCGUACCCAGGUCUCCUGGGAGCCCGAGCGCACCAAGGAUGGUGUGUCCUGUCCUCUGCCUUGUGCAGCCCCCAGGCACGUGUCUGGUCCCACUGUGUGCUGGCAACACACGGGCCUGGCCCCAGCCUGGCCCCCACCCCCAGGAGGCUGGGGGCCACCGGAGGAAGCCCCCAGAGAGAAGAGGGAGAGUGAGCGGGGCCCCAGCCUCAGCCUCAGGAGCAAAGGAACAAAACAAACUGGAAAGAAAGACGCUCUAGGAACAUGUUUUGCUUUUUUUUUUUUUUUUUUUAAGAAAAAUAUA